AUGGGCCUUGCGCUCAGUGCGCCGCCGGCGGGCGCGGCCGAGGCGCCGCCGGGCAGCGCGGCGUUCGACAUGCUUCCGUUCGUGGUGGAGGUGCGGCGCGGCGGGCUGUGGGCGUCGUUGCCUCGCGAGCCCGAAUCGCCAGAGGUCGCCGUCGUCGGCGUCCUUUCGCGCGAGCGCGGGGUGCGUCUCGGCUGCGCCGGCCGCGCCGCCUCGAGCUACCGCAUCGUCGCGUGGGACGCACUGUCAGUGAGUGUCGAGUGGCGCGCAGAGGGAGGGGAGGGAGGCGGAGGGGAGGCGGCUCUCUACCGCGCGCCUCUGGUGCGGGGCAUGCCAUACGCCACGGUGAGCUACGGCUCCGGGGCGUGCCGCGCGCCGCUGGUCGAGUUCUUGCACGGCUCCAUCCUCUCGCUCAACGGGCAGGCCGCCGCGGCGGGACGCCUCGAGGCGUCUGGCACGCGGUUCGAGGCGGCCGGCGGAGGCGGCGGCGGAGACGGAGGCGGCGGAGGCGGAGGAGGCGAGGCGGGAGGAGGGUUCGAGGGCAGCUUGCGGGCGGUGAUCGCCGACUCGGACGCGGCCGCUGCUGUCCUCGACCGCCACGCACGACGCGUCCCGCUCUCGGCCGCCGCCGCUUCGCAGGGCUCUGCAGUUUCGCAGGGCUCUGCAGCUUCGCAGGGCUCUGCCGCCGCCGCUGCGGGCUCUGCCGCCGCUGCUGCGGGCUCUGCCGCCGCCGCUGGCCUUCCAGGGGUCGGUGCGACGGUCGACGGGGUCGGGGACGGCGCGCACGGGCGGCUCCGCUUCGCGUGGAGGAGCGAGGGGGAAGGGGCGCUGCUGAUGAUGGCGCUGCCGCACCAGCUUGCCGGCCUCGCCGCCGCCGCCGAAAAGGGCGGGUGGGCGGGGGAGCUGCUGCCGGAGCUGGCGCAGUGGAGCGCCAAAGGCACCUCGCUCGGCGUGGCGAGUGACGACGGAGCGUGGACCCAGCGCCUCCCCCUCGGACCUGCGGUGCGGUGGGGGGCGGCCCGCCCUCCCGCCGCCAGCCGCGUGCCUCGGCUGCGCGCCGCGCUGCGUGCCGACGCGGCGAGCAAGCGGGUCGCGGCGGCAGACUCCUACGGGACCGGCAAGGAGGUUGGCGCGCUCGGCCGGCUGGCCCUCAUCGCCGACGAGCUGGGCGAGGCCGACGCCGCCGCCACCGUGCGAGGCCGCCUCGCCGCCGCGCUCGACGCUUGGCUCGAUUGCGACGGCGGGAAGGCGCCGUGCCGUUUCUCGUACGACCGCAGCUGGGGCGGCGUCGUGCCAACUGAGGCGCUCGCCGAUCCGGCCGCCUCCUUCGGCGUCGGCUGGCACAACGAUAAGCACUUCCACUACGGCUACUUCCUGUACGCCGCCGCGGCGCUCGGGCGCGCCAACACGACGUGGCUCGCCGCCCGCACGCCCGCGCUGCUCACCUUGGUCGCGGACGUCGCAAGCCCGAGCGCCUCCGACCGGCGCUUCCCGCCGCUGCGCCACUUUGAUGCGUUCUGCGGCCACUCUUGGGCGCUGGGCCUCUUCGCCUCCUCGGCGGGGCGCAACCAGGAGAGCGUGUCUGAGGCGCUCAACGCGUGGCACGGCAUCGCCCUCCUCGGCCUCGCGUUGCGCAACGAGCGCCUGGUUUCGCUCGGCCGCCUGCUGGCUGCGGUAGAGACGCAGGCCGCGGCCGUCUACUACCACGCCGGGGCGAGUCCCGUCGCCUGGGGCUCGGCGUCGUUCGUGCCGCGCGUGUACCCGCCUCGCUGGCCGCGCGACGGCGUGGUCGGCAACUUGUGGGGGCUCAAGGCCGAGGCGUCGACUUGGUUCGGGCGGGAGGACUACUUCAUCUUUGGCAUCCAGGUGAUCCCGCUCACGCCCCAGGCGUCGGAGCCGCUGCUCGACCAGAAAUGGGUUGCCGCCAGCAGGGCCAGCUGGGAGACGUCGAUGCGCAGACUGCCGGCAAAAGACGAGACGUGGAGGGCGUUUCUCGUCGCAAUGCUUGCGGUGGUCGACAGCGGCGCGGCGUGGCAGCGCGCAGAGUCGCUGGGCGCACUCGACGCCGGCAUGACACUCACCAAUUUGCUGCACUGGAUCGCGACGCGGCCGCCGCCGGCGGGGGCAGCCGCGGGCGCGUCGCAGCCGACGCUCGCCCCGCCGGCCGAAGAGAAGCUGGAGGCCCAAGCGCGAGUGGAGGGUGAAGAGCGGCUGGAGGCCGCGUUGCCGGCCGCCGUGCGGGUCUUCGGCACCUUCACCGAAGACGAGGUGCUCGAGGCUGCCGCUACGGCGGGCGGCGCGCUCCUCGUGUCGGCAGUCGUGGUUGGGAUGUGGUUGUGGGCGGCGGGGCGCCAGCGCGCACGGCUCGGCCCGCUCGCGUCUCGGGCGGGCAGGGAUGUGGACUUUGCCGCGUGGCUCGCCCUCGGCGGACCGACCGGCAACGAGCUCGCCGCGACGCCGCCGACGCGGGGCUCUGCGCGGCGCUCCGGCAGCCGCGGCAGCCGAGCGGCCCAGUCCAGCUGCUGCAACAGCGCCAGCGUGCACGGCGCCAGCCUGCACGGCGCUUUCGAGCGCUCCCUCGCGUCGGACGCAGCCUCGGCGCAGCUCGUGCAGCAUUUCAAGGUGACGCCGACCUCGGGCUCGGCCAGCGCGGCGCAACGGUACCAGCAGCUGGAAAUCGGGACCGACUCGGCGCCAUCCAGUCCACACUGA